AUGGCGACCGAACCGACGUCAGCGGACGUCGCCCAGUUCUGCGAGAUCACCAGCCUCGACCCCAUGCUGGAUCGCAACCUGGUGGUGUCCGCGCUCAAGAGCAACACUUCCUUGGAUCAGCUCAUAGGCGAAUACUAUGAGAACUCUGAUGCGUUCCGAAGGAAGUACACUUGGGACGACACAGCUUUCGGCGCCGGCCGCGAGGGAGAACCGAACAACACUGGCAUAGCAUUCAAUAUCGAAGCACCCGACAAUGCCGUCAUCCAUGGCGUUACCCCUCCACCCGACAACGGCUUUUACGGGCCCUCCGCCGGUGCUCCCUCACGACCACCAUCGAGAACCAACAAUCGGUCGCCACUUGGAGCAAUGGCUGACGAAAGCAACACAGGAGCGCCAAGCAGUGCAGAACAGUAUGAAGAAGAUCUGCAGCGGGCCAUGGCCGAAUCUAAGAAGGCUGUUGGAUACGAUCCACAAGAAGCUGGCGUCACCGAUAUAGGCACCAACGCUCCAUAUUUUGGGCCGGCCAACAGGUCCGACUAUGACCAGAACAACUGGGCCAUGGUAACGACCGCAACGACUUCGAGUCAAGCAGUUGUUGACGGCGACCCCACCCCAUCUGCGAGAAAGCGAGACGAGGGUGCUCCGGCGUUUUUGAUUUACAAACCAAACGCACGUAGCGCAUCGCAGCGACUGGGCUCCGUACUGACAAUCCUCCACGAAAUCCCUCUUGCGCGUAACGUUCUUCUGCAAUCUGGUGAGCAAGCAGCCAGCUAUGGGCACAACAGCGAAUGGUGGAAGGGCCAGCCGAUAUAUGCCCCUCACGUCCUUGCCGCCAUUCAGCAAGGCGAGCACCAGUGGGCAGAAAACUCGAAACCGGACUUUCACGAGGAGCUUCACCGCUUGAUGGCCUUCCUGGAUCUGACCGAGAGGAGUUAUGGAUCAGUCGAGGCCAUGGCUGACUUGAUACCCAAAAGCAACUUUAGCCUGGAGAGACAGUUCUACGAUACGCUCGACGAAAAGACGGAUGUCGAAGUUCUCAAGCCGUUGACUCACCUGGCCCGUCCCCUGUCAUUGCAGACGCUGGAGCCCACUCAGGAGCCCACGCGCUUCGCGUUCCUCAACUUUGAGUUGACCAAAAGUCAAUAUGAGCAGACCAAGACUCUAUAUGAUGCUUGGAACUGGAUUGUUUGGCACGAAUCCAUGACGUGGGCGGAGGUGCAGCCGAACAUGGGUAUGGUCGUUCUCGACGACAUGGGCGAGGUCAUGACAGUCAACAUCGACGGCGAGGACCCCCCCGAAUACCUGGAGAUACCAGAAGUCUGGUACCCGGAACGUUAUCUCGAGAGUCGGAAAGAAGAGGCAAGGAUUUGUCAAGAACACCUGGCUUGGGUUGCGAGGGCUCUAUACGAAGCACGGUCGAGGGAGUACGAACUCACUAAGUGGAUCGAUCCCAAGACGGAUAAAAUUCACGACAAGGGAGAAAUGCUGCUCAACACACUUAAGGAAUACGAGAGACACGUGGAUUACCUGGAUGGGCUGGGACGCUUCCGGGAGCUGCAAAAACUCGAGAACGAAGACGAGAAGCAGUACAUUCGUCUCGAAGACGUGCCGUGCGUCAAGACUGAAGCCGAGGAGGCGCUGGCCAAGAGCGCACAACAGGUGGCCGACAGAUGUUCGUGGGAGCUAUCUCAACUUGAGGAGACUAAGAAGAGGCUCUACUGGGAACGCGAGAGGCUCCUCGAACGGCAGAGGCUCCUUAGCAGCACUCUGCUUACUGACCCCGACAAACCAGGCUUGGCCAAGCCCUUCACCAGCAAGAAGUUCCUUUUGAGGGGAAUCGCCACGUCGCAGAACGUAACGUACGUCUGCAAGCGAGCCGGUCCAGCUCUGAUUGACAUUGGAGAGGCACCUGCCCCCGUUGACCAGUGGUGGCGGCUGUCGUAUGAGGCGGGUAGUGCAUAUCCUGCAAAGGCAGAGAAACACUCCUUUGACCAGGUGAUGCGGCAGGUGCACGUUGAGACCAAGGGGCCCCUCCUUGUUUAUGCUACAGAAGACGCAAUGAACACACCUGCAUCCCCUCUCUCUGACGCCCUACAGCGGUUUGCCCGUGCAGAAAACAAGAACUUCCGCCAGGAACUGAACCAAGAAACCACGGACGAAGGCGCGCAGUUGAGGAACACAAACAUGUCGCCAAUCUCACCAUCCAAGAGAAAGUACCGCUCAGGCAGUGUCGACUCCAUGGCAACUAACCGAGCUUCUUUGGGGAACAGUGACACCAACUCUAGAGCAGGCGACUUUGACAGCGACCCCUUUGGUGAGGGAGAUGGCACAAUGGACACUGAUAUGACGGGUUUGGCAGCGAGACAAAGCGCCACAGACACGGCAAGCAGAAACCUGACUGAGGUUGUGCGCACUGGCAAGACACACAACGCAGAACAAGCUUAUAACACUAAACCCCCCGGUAUUCUUGGACAACAGAGGCUCUCAACCCCUACUCCUAUUGACGGCGUUGAAGAUAUCAGUCGUACUGUGACGCCAGACAGUGAGGAGCAACCCAAGGGCCCAGAGAUGCAGGAACGGGCUGGGGGUGGGGGCGGCUCACCAUUCAUGGCUAGACACUCGAUUUACGGCAUGACACACGACCCAAGAGAUGAGCAAAAGACGAUCAAGAUGAUGGACAUGGAGAUUCCCGACGAGCAUCAGCAGCUUCAAGACUAG